AUGGUUUCAUCCAAACAUCACUGGGGUGGAGGCAGAAAACCUGCUGUUAACAAGAGGAGUCGAUGGCAGCUUCUUGGCACGGCCCAGCAAAAGUAACCCAGGAGACUUCACACUCUCUGUUAGGCGAACUGGAGCAGUGACCCACAUCAAGAUCCAGAACACAGGUGACUACUAUGACCUCUAUGGGGGAGAGAAGUUUGCCACGCUGGCUGAGCUGGUGCAGUACUACAUGGAGCACCAUGGGCAGCUCAAGGAAAAGAAUGGAGAUGUCAUCGAGCUGAAAUAUCCCCUCAACUGUGCUGAUCCCACCUCAGAAAGGUGGUUUCACGGGCAUCUCUCAGGGAGAGAAGCUGAGAAGCUCCUGACAGAGAAAGGAAAACAUGGCAGCUUCCUGGUGAGGGAGAGCCAGAGCCACCCUGGGGACUUUGUCCUUUCUGUGAGGACGGGGGAUGACAAAGGAGAGAGCAACGACGGCAAAUCCAAAGUGACACACGUCAUGAUCCACUGCCAGGAUCUCAAAUACGACGUUGGUGGAGGGGAGAAGUUUGACUCUCUGACAGAUCUGGUGGAGCAUUACAAGAAGAACCCCAUGGUGGAGACUUUGGGCACUGUGUUGCAGCUCAAGCAGCCCCUGAACACCACCCGGAUCAACGCUGCCGAGAUCGAGAGCCGCGUCAGGGAGCUCAGCAAGCUGGCAGAGACCACGGAUAAAGUCAAGCAGGGCUUCUGGGAAGAGUUUGAGACCUUGCAGCAGCAGGAAUGCAAACUCCUCUACAGCCGCAAGGAAGGGCAGCGCCAGGAAAACAAGAACAAAAAUAGAUACAAAAACAUUUUACCCUUUGAUCACACCAGAGUUGUUCUCCACGAUGGUGAUCCCAAUGAACCCGUUUCAGACUAUAUCAAUGCUAAUAUUAUUAUGCCUGAGUUUGAAACCAAGUGCAACAACUCAAAGCCAAAAAAAAGUUACAUUGCUACCCAAGGCUGCCUGCAGAACACAGUGAAUGAUUUCUGGAGGAUGGUGUUCCAGGAGAAUUCCAGAGUUAUUGUCAUGACCACGAAGGAAGUGGAAAGAGGAAAGAGUAAGUGUGUGAAGUACUGGCCGGAUGAAUAUUCCCUGAAGGAGUACGGGGUGAUGCGUGUCCGGAACGUGAAGGAGAGUGCAGCCCACGACUACACCCUGAGGGAGCUGAAACUUUCCAAAGUUGGCCAGGGCAACACGGAGAGGACGGUGUGGCAGUACCACUUCCGCACCUGGCCCGACCACGGCGUCCCCAGCGACCCCGGCGGCGUCCUGGACUUCCUGGAGGAGGUGCACCACAAGCAGGAGAGCAUCCCUGAUGCAGGACCUGUCGUGGUGCACUGCAGUGCUGGGAUUGGUCGAACAGGAACUUUCAUUGUCAUUGACAUCCUCAUUGACAUCAUCCGAGAGAAAGGGGUGGACUGUGACAUCGAUGUCCCCAAGACCAUCCAGAUGGUGAGGUCCCAGCGCUCAGGGAUGGUGCAGACAGAGGCCCAGUACAGGUUCAUUUACAUGGCAGUGCAGCACUACAUCGAGACCCUCCAGCGCAGGAUCGAGGAGGAGCAGAAGAGCAAGAGGAAAGGUCACGAGUACACAAACAUUAAAUAUUCCUUAUCGGACCAGACGGGCGGAGAUCAGAGCCCUCUCCCCCCCUGCACCCCAACCCCAACGUGUCCAGAAAUGAGAGAAGAUAGUGCUAGAGUAUAUGAAAACGUGGGGCUGAUGCAGCAGCAGAAGAGUUUCAGAUGAGAGGAUGUUCAGAGCCUUCCCAGCCAAGGCAGACAUGAAAAUGGUUUUUAAAAAGGUCAAGAAAGAGAUGGAAGAAGCUUCACGUGAGCAGUGAACUCUGAGGGCUUGGUACCUUUUUAUUUACGGUUUUAAUCCUUCAGUAGGCAAAACUUCAGAGCAUCUAAAGAUUGUUUUUAUCUCUUCUCUCCAAUUUCCAAUUGCUCAUUUUCCAAAUAAAAGGAAAUCCUUUCUACAAGGUAGACAAUUACUUUGUAGAGUCAGUUUUGAAUCCUGCAAACUGUUGGACUGUCAUCCAUUUGUUUUUUUUAAAUAGUAUUUUGGUUUCACAGUAUGGCUGUUAGUGGGGUUUUGGUUUUUUUUUUCCUUAUUUGAGCAGUUGUGGGGUUUUUGGGGGGCACUGGGUGGGGGGUGGGUGGUGGGAGAGCAAUGCCAUGGAUAAAUCCAUGCCAUGAAAUGUAAAAUACUGAUGGGAACAAUGUGGAUUGUUGGAAAACAGUGGAUCACCAGCGUGGAUAGAACCAAGUGCAUGAUCAAAUUAGUCCUGAUACAUUUCAAACUCAGACUGAGCUUCCUGGGGUGAGCAGUUCUUGAGAUGAAGGUGCUUUUUUUGUGAUAAUUGGUGGCUUUGAUUCCGAUUUUGGUGGCUUUGAUUCCAAUUUUGCUGUGUGGCUGGAUGGGCUAUUUUGGAGGAAUUUAUGCAAAGUUGUUUUUUUACAUCAAACAAAGUUUCUUUUCCGUGAUCUGUGCCCAGAAUAGGAAUUCCUUGUGUCCUUCAGGAGACUCAGUGACCUGGGGGUGCUUUGUGAGGACGCUCUGUGGUGACUUUGUGCUCAAUUAAAUGAGAAUUCAGGUGUUAAUUACGAAUUGCAGGAUGUUAAACCCAGUGAAACCAGUAACCGAAGUGGAAGCUGUGCAGGAGCCUCCUGGAUUAUUUUGUUUUUUUAGGGAAGGAAGGAAGGAUCCCAGGAUUCCUGGUGGGACAGGAGCAGCAAGGCCACACUGGGGGCACUGUCCCACCCCAAGUGCCUUUGGGAGCUGCCUGGACCUUCCUGUCCCAGUGCAUGGAAAACCACUGGCAGGGAGACAGAGCCUCUUGCAGAGACUCCCCAAGGAAGAGCUGGUGAGCUUCCAUGUGAUUCCUUCCCCUGGCUCUGCCCUGGACCAGCAGCUCCCCUUGGAGCUGUGCAUGGCAGGAGUUGGAGCCUGGGGUCUCCCCAGCACCUUGUCCCUGAUUUUGGGGACAUUCAGGGACAUUGAGGAGUGAUUCCCAUCCCCACACGGGAUUCCUGACCUUCCUGUGUGGCUGGAAUGGGGUUGUUGGCCUUGCUUUGCUGGUGGAAUCCUGCUGGAGCCUGGAAUGUAAUUAAUUAAUUAAUUGAAGCAGCUUUGGGAGAGGUGGAGAUGCCAUCACCUGCUCCUGAGUGCUUUGCAAACCCCGAUAUUUGAGCAGUUUGUUUGGCCUGAGUGAAGGUGCUUCAUUAAUAUUAAGCAGAAUUUUGUCCCUUGGCCUCUUUUUGGGGGCUUUGGGACUUGAUUUUUUUGAAACUCCUGUCACCAGCACACCAUAAAUGUGUUUGACUGGCACAGCCUUAUGCUCUAGCCCUGAAUCCUUGUGCCCUUCCUAGGUGGGAAUAGAAGAUGAGGAGAGAGAAAUGUGAUUUGGUGGAGAGAUUCCUGUUCUCCAUCCCCUGCCAGCCUCUCCCUGUUCCCAGCUGAGCAGGGAUCGCUUGGAAGUGUUGACAUUUGCACGGAGUAAUUAAAUAUUUGCCUCAAACUCUGUGCAAAAUCAAAUUGUGCACUUGAGAGGCUGGAGCAGGGUGAGGGACACACUCGGGCGGGGUUUGGAGCUGCUCUGCUCCAAGCUGGAGGGGAAAAGCCAGGAGAAAGGAGGGAAGGAUCCUGAGGGAAUCUCAACUCUGUGCACUCAGUUCAUGAGAAGUGUCUUAAAAAGCUGGACCCAUGCAGGCAGCAAUCGGCACAGCGUGGCCUCGCUCAGAGCCUGUUUUAUUUGGAAUUGUUCUCCUCGGGAGCAGGGAGCUCUUGUGCAGAACGUGUGGGGGAAUGUCAGCGAGGGGGGAGCAGGAUCUGUGGCCAAAGGGAUGAAUUCUCCUUUCUGAGCCUGGUUUGGCUCCUGGUGGGCGCCAAAGGGGAGCCCCUGCACCCUAAAAUCUGUCCCCAGAGACAGGGAGGGUUCUGAAAGUGUCUCCUGCAUGAAUCCCAGCAUUAAUUCUCCCAAAUAACUUUGGGGUUCUGGCAGGUGAACAGCAAAGAGAAACAUCCUUUGGUUCAGGGGAGAUCAGUGAUGGGAUUCAGGGAUUCCCAGGUUUAGGGAAUUCAGUGGGAAGCUGUGCUGGCUGAGCUUGUUCUGGAGCAGGGCUGGAAAAGGGAUCCCAGGGGGAAUUUCCCCCAGCUCCCAAGGCACAAUGAUUGAUGCCAGUGUGAAUUUGCUGCAGACGUCAUUUACUGAAUGUUUUAGAGAAAUACACUUUAAUUUCAGCUAACUCCUGUUAGGCCUGGUUGGUUCUAUUAAUCCUGACCAAACUUUCCUUUUUUCCUCCUAAAAGAUGUGUUUGAGACCUGAUUAACCAGGACACAGCUAACAAAGGUAUCCAACCUGUUCCCUUUUUUUUUUUGUUGUUGUAGGGCUGAGGAAAUUUGCAGCUGGGACUAAGAUGUGUUGUCAGGCUUAGAUUUUCUACCCAUAACUCCAUUAUUUCAAAUUAAUUGUUCAUUUCUCCCUUUUCAAUAGUGAAAGGUAAUGAAUAAUUUCAAGCCUGUUUAUUUAUGACAUUACUGUGAUUUUUUUUUUAUUGCAGUACUAAAGACUAAUGAAAAAGGAUCUUAUUAGGUGGAAUAGGCCUUGCAUUUAUUUUUUUUUUCCUGCAAUGUAUGAAGUAUUGUACCAGAGUAUUAAAUGAAAUGUAAUAUUUUAUUGCAAAAUUUCUAUCCUUUAGAAGGAAUACAUUUAGGAUGUCAUCAAUUUGAUGUGAAUCAUGUAAAUGUUGAGAAAUGAGCUGUUUAUUCUACAUCUGGUGUUUCAAAAAGAUUUCACCUCUUGCCUUUUGCCCACAGUCUGUAGCCCAUUUACAGUUGUCAAAAUGUGACAUUAAAUAAUAGUUCCUGUAUAGAAAUAGUGGUGGUUGUCCAUUGUUUUCUGGGCUGGUAUUUAUGGGGUUUAAUUCAGUUGCAGUGGGUUUGGUUUGUUUUGUUUUUUUUUUUUAAUUGCUGCCAAGCUGUGUUAUCAGAAAUAAACCAUAUCUGUAACAAGCAGAAAUUCCAUU